AUGUCUUUAGGAAGAAAAUAUAGAGGCUAACAUGCAGGUGUUUUAAAUAUGGCUACAACAUGUACAACCGGGCAGAGGUUUUGUGACAUUUGCAAUCAUCGACACAUUACCAAUCAUGCUAUUUUCUGGUGUCCAGAAUGUGACGAGAAUUAUUGCGAGAAAUGCAAAUCACAUCAUGAUGUUGCAAAAGCAACAAAGAAACACGAAACAAUUUCUAUUGAAAAUGCUUUAAAGAUUCCAAAAGUUGUCCAAGAUAUAAAAAUUAACUGCACAGAUCACGACGAACGAUUUGUUUAUUUUUGUAGAGAACACGAACAACCCUGUUGCAUUAAAUGCCUGAACGAUUGUCACACUGGUUGUCGCAGUUUGAUUCCUGUAGAAACAGUCAUUCAGGAUGUAAAACAAUCCACUUCAUUUUUAGAUCUUGAAUCAACACUAUCUGAUUUACUGUCAAAUAUAUCUACAAUAAUUGAAGAUCGAACAGCAAAUCUUAAAGAGUUAGUAAAACAAAAAGUAAACUGUGCAGAAAACGUCAGAAUCUUCAGAGCAUCCCUAAAUUCUUAUUUGGAUGAAUUAGAAAAGAAUUUAACCAACAAACUGCAAGUAACUUAUAAAUCGAAAGAACUUGAGAUACAAAAUUCGCUGGCAGAUCUUGAAUUACGUAAAGCUAGGGUUAAUGAAAUGCAGGAGCAUGUAAAUAUUCUAAGAAAUAGUGCAUCAGAAUUUCAAAUUUUUAUGUCGAUUCCUGAAUACACAAAAAGCGCUCAUUCUUACGAAACCGAGCUGCAGGGUUUGUGCGAGAAUGAAUUAUUCAACUGGACUAAUAUUACACUAAACCCCACAAAUAUCAUGUCAAUAAAAGAUUAUCUUACCUCUUUUGGAACUAUAAGCGUGAAAAGAAAGGCGUCUAAUACCCCCCUGAAAUUGCAAAAGACUCGGCAAGCACAACUAACAGGUGCUAGAAGUGUCACUAGGAAAUUAGUGACGAUGCAAUUUGAAGGAAAAUAUCGAUUGCAUAUCCCAGAUGGAGAUAGUCAACAUGAGAUUGUAGAUUGUAACAUUUUACCUAAUGAUGAAUUUCUAUUUUCUGAUUGGGGCAACAAAUGCCUAUACAAGUUCUGUUCUGGCAAGGCUUAUAAGAUUGGUUUACCAUUUUCACCUAUACGAUUUGUAAUAAUUGAUAAAGGAAGCAUUGCUGUGACGACCACAAACAAUGUUCAUGUAAUAGAUUUGAAAAGCUCUACAAUUUUGAAAACAUUUCUCCAAGGAGACAAUUUCAAACCUAGAUCAAUUUUACUCGAAAACAACACCUACAUUAUAGAGGACCAAGAUAAAGGAUACAUAGUAUUGGAUCUGAAUGGAAGAGUGGUUAAACGCAUUCCUAUUAACUAUACAAAUACGUGCCGUCGUGCCACUGUAUGCCUUGACGAAAACCUUUAUUUCGUGGACUACAAAAGUCACACACUUUUUUGCUAUGAUCUUAAUGGCAAGAAGAUAUGGGAAUUUCAGAAUGAAAAAAUUAAAUUCCCUUACGAUCUCACAUCGAAUAGUUCCAAUAUUCUUUUUGUCUGUGGAUAUGGGUCACAUAAUGUGUGCGCGGUUUCGACAGACGGCAAAACAAUCAAGGAGAUAGUUGGUCCAAAAACGGCCCUAAAAAAUCCUAUGACACUGCAUUAUUGCAACAAAAAGAAGACUUUGCUUGUCGUCUCGAGGGAUGGAGAUGUAUUUAUAUAUAAUGACAUUUCAUGAUCAUCAUAAGUUGCUGAUUUUACCAAAUUUAUAUUUUUGUCCCCCGCGCAACACGUUAAGGGGGACAUAGAAAUAACGGGCGUCCGUCUGUUCGUCCGCCGGGUCUUGUUAGCGCUCUCACAGGUACAAUUCUUGGCAGAUUGUUAUAAAACUUAUAUUAUAGGUUUAUAUCAGCAAUGGAUGGACGAGUUCGAAAAUGAGUGCCGAUGAACUAUUUUUAAAAGAGUUAUGCCCCUUGGAAACAUUAAUUAUAUGGAAAAUUACAUCAUUAGCGCUCUCAUGUGUACAAUUUUGCCAGAAUAUUAUGAAACUUAUAUCAUAGGUUUAUAUCAGCAAUGUCUUUGACACUUUCGAAAAUAAGUGCUGAUCAAAUAUUUUUACGAGUUAUGCCCUUGGAAAUAUUAAUUAUAUCGGAAAUCACAUUGAAUAUGCUCUGAAGCAUUCAUUUCUCUAAGAUAUUUAUGAACAAUUCUAAAGAACAAAACAAAAGUGUAUUUUUAAGUUAUUGCCCUUGUACCCUGGAUAGAUAAAAUAUGUGCAACGCGGGGGACAUUGGAACUCUGUUCUUUUAUCUAUAAAUAUAAGAUCAAAUAGAUACCGAUAUCGUUAAUCGUUAAGGUUCUGUUUGAAUCAAGCUUAAUGGGUAUUAUAGCCCUCAGGUGCUGUCUAGUUUGUCCAAUCAAUUAU